CCCUUUCCGUGUCAACUACUCAAACUAGCGAGCAAGAUACACGUCAUUCCUUACCCGUUUCGCCUUUGUUUUAUUGGUUCUCCGCAAACGCAGUUAGGUCGGCCAAUUCCCCCCUUCUAUAAAUCGAUUCCAAUCCUCUCGUUUCUCCAUUCACCGAUUCACAAUUCAAUUCAAAACUCUCUCCACAAUCAAAUCUUCGAUUCAGAGCUUUCUUACCAGCUUCUCAAGAUGCAGAUCUUUGUCAAGACCUUGACGGGAAAGACCAUCACUCUCGAAGUCGAGAGCAGCGAUACCAUCGACAACGUGAAGGCGAAGAUCCAGGACAAGGAGGGAAUCCCUCCGGAUCAACAGAGGUUGAUCUUCGCCGGCAAGCAGCUCGAGGACGGCAGGACUUUGGCCGAUUACAACAUCCAGAAGGAGUCGACCCUUCAUCUGGUUCUCCGUCUUCGUGGAGGCAUGCAGAUCUUCGUCAAGACUUUGACCGGAAAGACAAUUACUUUGGAGGUCGAGAGCUCCGACACCAUUGACAACGUCAAGGCGAAGAUCCAGGACAAGGAGGGUAUUCCUCCGGAUCAGCAGAGGCUUAUCUUCGCCGGCAAGCAGCUCGAGGACGGCAGGACUCUGGCCGAUUACAAUAUCCAGAAGGAGUCCACCCUUCACCUGGUUCUCCGUCUGAGAGGCGGUAUGCAGAUCUUUGUGAAGACACUGACUGGCAAGACCAUCACUCUUGAGGUCGAGAGCUCCGACACCAUUGACAACGUUAAGGCCAAGAUCCAGGAUAAGGAAGGGAUCCCUCCAGAUCAGCAGAGGCUCAUCUUUGCCGGGAAACAACUUGAGGAUGGGAGGACUUUGGCUGACUACAACAUCCAGAAGGAAUCCACCCUGCACUUGGUCCUGCGUCUAAGGGGAGGGAUGCAGAUUUUUGUCAAGACCUUGACUGGAAAGACCAUCACCCUGGAGGUGGAGAGCAGCGACACCAUUGACAAUGUGAAGGCCAAGAUUCAGGAUAAGGAGGGUAUCCCACCAGAUCAGCAGAGGCUCAUCUUUGCAGGAAAGCAGCUUGAGGAUGGAAGAACCCUGGCGGAUUACAAUAUCCAGAAAGAGUCUACUCUUCACUUGGUCCUGCGUCUCCGUGGUGGCUUCUAAA